AGAGAAAGAGUUGGAUCCAGCGUGAGUGGAGGGAAAACCACGGGGGCUUUUGAAAAAGUUUUAUCUUGUCGGUGCGCUCGGCCUCUCAGACGCUACCGAACGCCGGUACGGUGUUGUUGGGCCACGUCGUGGUCGCGCGGUCUCCUCGACGGCGACGAGUUACGAGUAAAGAGAACGAACGGAGAGAAAGAAAAAGAGAGAAUUCUGAUCGUGUGCCGUGAUUUUUGGUCCCGGUCGAUCCUUUCCCAUUGUCAGCUUCCGUCCGUUUUGUCCGCCCGCGCGAUCGCGGACAUUCGCGAAAGAAUAGCCGCAAGGACCGCCGAGGAGAAGACUCGACGGAGCGUCAUCCGCAGAACGAGAAGGACAGCCCUGUUGUCCUUGGAGGGAUCAUUCUUCGCUUGUUUCGCCAUGCAUUGUCGCUGAGGUGUCUCGUAGUGUUCGAGAGAAAGAACGAGCGAGCGAGAGAGAGAGAGAGAGAGAGAGAGGAAAGAAGAGAAGAGAGAAAAUCAGUAAGGAAGAGGGCGAAGAGGUUAAGAAGUGACUCCUUGCCGGUCGCGACAGACGGCCAGCGACGAGAUGAAGAACCGUGUGUUGCUAAAGAGUGCGUUGCUCUUGUUGCUGAUUGCGGCAGUCGGCCUGGUGACAGCAUCUGUGGACGAUGACUUGAUUUUCGAUCUAGAAGGCAAACAACCCGCAGUCCAAGCACCAUUGAUCGAAAAGCAACAGGACGAAUCCCUUUUUCAUAGGAUAAAGAGAGAGGUUUUGGAUUUUUUAAAUCCAUUAUCUACAACGACAACUACGACACAAGCACCGUCAGAUCAACAAAAAGAAGAUCAAGAUCAAGUUAUUGACAACGCUGUUAUUUUGCACGGAGACAACGGAAAUCAUACUCUUGAUCAACCUGAAGAACCAAGUGCCGAAAAUCUAGCUGCUGGUGUCAGUGAAAGAUUGACUCGUGAAAAGAAUAAAGAUGCUGGCGACGUAGAUGACGAGCACGAUAAUGAGAUCAGUAACGUCGCGGAAAGUCACAGAAUACCGAUAACAUAUGGAAAUAGCGAUGAUGAAGAUUUAGCCGGAUCAGGAGAGAUCGAAGGUAGCGCAGGAGAAGGCGGAAUAGAAAUAGACCAUCGUCCAAGUAUUCAUGGCAACUCUGACGGCAAAAUACGAUUCUAUCGAAUUACGUUGACAGUCGGCGAACCAUACAGACGAGAAUAUUCUGACAGAAAUAGUCUUAAAUAUCGAGAAUUAAGUGGCAAUCUCACUCAUGCGCUCGAGAACUUAUUCAACCGCCACAUUCCGGGAUACAAGCACUUGGUCAAUGUUGUCAAAAUAUCACCGACGUCCGACGCUUUCACGUUGCAAGUUACCCUAGACAUUGGUUCGACAUUCACAGACGAGCUUGAGGUGCGUGCUAUCCUAGAGCAACAGCUGCAAUAUCAUUCCUUGGGCAGCGUCCAAGUAGGUCCGCAGGGAUUCACAUUCAGGAUAUUCCAAGCUGGAGAGAGAGAUGAUCAGCCGGAAUGUGAUCAAGCAGCCGAAUUAAGGUGCAGAAGUGGUGCAUGCGUACCGUUGGAAUCGCGCUGCGACGGCGUGUUGCAAUGCGACGAUGGUUCUGACGAGGAUAACUGCCCGAGAGAUUCAUUAAAUAGGACCAGCGACGCAGAUUUCGAGCAUACCACCGUGGAACAUCCAGAAGGGAGCCGUUUUCACCACCUAGAUCUACCCACAACAGAAUUUCCACCGCAAGUAAGACCAAAUAUACGAGAUGUUGAUGAAGGAGGGGACAAAGAGCUCAACUUGAGAACGAACAAAUGUCGCGCUGACGACACGGUACGCUGUAAGGACGGCAGUCGUCAUAUUUGUUCAGUGCAGCAAUGCGACGGCGUUUCGGAUUGCGAUGACGGUGGUGAUGAGAUCGACUGCCCGCAUCCAGGUUGCAGCGCUGGCGAAUUUGCAUGCGACGUAAACAGAUGCAUAUUGGAAUCCCAACAAUGCGACUUUGUGGAAGAUUGCCAAGAUGGUAGUGACGAACAUGACUGCAGUUAUCCUGCUUGCUCCUCGAACGAAUUUAUAUGCAGAAACAAGCAGUGCAUCGACAAUAACAAAUACUGCGAUGGCGUGCCAGAUUGCCACGAUGGAUCCGAUGAAUACAACUGCCCCUGCAGGGAAGACCAAUUCGAAUGCGCGGCUGGUUAUUGUGUGCCCUUAUCACGACGCUGUGACGGAUACACGGACUGUGUCGGUGGAAAGGACGAACAAAAUUGUCACAACAUGACACGAUGUCGAGCGGACGAGUUCGAGUGCGCCAGUGGUUCGUGCGUCAGCAAAAACGCAAGAUGCGAUGGACGAAACGAUUGUGUUGAUCAUUCUGAUGAAUAUAAUUGCAACGUAACCACCUGUAGCGGGGAUCAAUUCCGUUGCCUGGACGGUAUCUGCUUAAGUAUCGACAAACGUUGCAACGGAAUCCCCGACUGUCGCAACGGCGAAGACGAGAGUCAAUGCGGUUGCGGAGAGGCUGAGUUUCGCUGCACGGACGGUCGCUGCAUCGGCUAUGAGCUGCAGUGCAACGGGGCGAACGAGUGCUCCGAUGGCUCCGAUGAGAGAGACUGCGAAAAGAAUCCACGAAGAAACUUUUAUAACGCCAAAAAGUUCAACACGAUAACACAGAAGUCGCCAACCAUGAUUUUCUACGGGAGAAAUCCUACGGAUCGCCAAAAGAAUAUGAAUAUGCAGUCCAAAACGAGCAAAAGUAUCUAUGAAACCACUGUCAAACCGGCCGUGACGAUCAGCAACUCGGUCUUGGAAGCGUUUCCAGAAAAACCUCAACGACGAAAAUUCUCAAACUUUACAUCGCAGAAUCCCUCGACAUAUUUGACACGAAUUGUACCUAAAUCGAAAGAUAACGAGCACGACUCUCUACAUGAUAUGGCAAAAACCACAACGAGAUCUAUUGACUCUAAUAAACUAUUUAUCUCGCAGAUACUCAAGACAAAUGAUAUCAAAACAGAGAAUACCGAUUUGAAUAAUAAAAAGGAUUGUUUUGGAUUUAGAAUAAAAGAAGGAAGUAAACGUUUAUAUUAUUGUAAUAAAUAUAAGAGUGACAUCAAGCCAUAUACAACAAUAAUUCCAACUGUGAACAUGAAUAAAGUCAACGAAUAUAUUGCGACAAAUUUGAAAUAUGAUGAAACGCCAGAACUAACUGUAUUUUCUACAGAAAAAAUACCCAUUAUAGGAAAAACCAACAAAAAUGACAGCUCGAUAAAAACAGAAAAGUUGCUGUAUGAAUCCAAUUCUCAGGAUAUAAAGUUACAUCGAUAUUUGGAAAAUAUUCCUAAUAUCACUGACGAUCUCCAUAAAAUAUCAAAAAACCUUUCGACUUUAAACCAUAAUUCAUUUGAUGAAAAUAACGACAAGAUUGAUUCUGGACUAACAAACUCCGACGAAACAUCAGAAUCAGUAAUUUCAAAAUCUAAUGAAAAUAAUGGAAACGACAAAAUCGAUUCCGGGUUGGAAGAAGGAUCGCAGGAUGAUUUCGGUGUUUUGUUAUUGACGCCGUCGAUGAGAACUCCACAUUUCGUCACAUGGAGUGAAAGCGAGUCGAAGGAAGAAGCAUCCGCCAAAAAGCACAACAGACACAAGCACAAAGGUCGUCAUAAUGAUCAUAAGAACAACAGGUCUAAGAAAGGAAAAAAGGAUUAUAAUGCGAAGCGUAAGCAGAAGACGACUAUAGCUCGGAAAGACGACAAGGCGACGAACGCCGCCAACGCUUAUGACAACGAUUACAGUGCAGAGCGGAGCUCGACUGCGUUCUCUCGUAAUGAUCCAAGAUACAACAAAGCCAACGAUAAUCCGAGUGCAGGCACAAAUGAUAGGAGUGACUGGUAUCUUACUGAUGAAAUUACAACAAAAUCUUUUAAGAUGGAAUUCUCUAGCGUUGAUGAAUCCGGCACGGAAUAUUUCACGAAAGGCAGCACCCAAGACGGACUUCAAUCAACAGAGACAACAAACGCGGAUUUAUCUAAGAAAAAUUCUAAAAAAUGUAAAGAACGUGUCACAACUACCACUGCGAAAAACUGGUUGGUUAGUUGGUUUUCCAACAGUAAUAAAAACAUAGAUGAUGAAGAAUCGACUGAUUGCAAAGAGGAUGUUACAUCAUUUCCAAUCACGAGCGGCUCCGAGGAACAAAAAUUAACAACAGGAUAUUAUACCACAGAUGAUUCUUUCAUGUAUAAAAAUAGCAAGAGGAAAGGCGCGAGAGAUAAAAAAAAUAAUAGAAUAUAUAAAAAAUUAGAAAAUGAAGAAAAUGAUAUAUAUUCAGAUCUCGAUAGUGAAGAGGAAGAAGACGCAACGGAUUGCAACGAAAAUCAGUACGCUUGCGACAGCAAGCACAUAUGUAUCGAGGAGGACCAGGUGUGCGAUGAUGUCCUGGAUUGUCCCGACGGUAGCGAUGAGAUUGGCUGCAAUGACUCCGAAAGUAUCUCCGAAAGUACCGAAGGUUUGGCCCCGUGCCCUUCCACGGACUUCACCUGCGGAGAUGGCUCUUGCAUACCGAAGAGCUCGGUCUGCGACGGAUUCGAUGACUGCCCCAGGGCAGAAGACGAGCUUUAUUGCGAGCGGGAAUGCACGCCUAACCAGUUCAAAUGCGCCACCGGGAACAAGUGCAUCGAAGACAUCUACAGGUGCGACGGCCAUCCGGAUUGCUCAGAUCACAGCGACGAGGACUGCGCUCCGUCCACUAACGACACUACACACACCACUUCGCCUACCACCAACUCGUCCGAUUCACGCUGGACAUCGAAACGCAGGAGGGAAUGCGAUCUGAGGAGGGAAAUGCGUUGCGAUGACGGUGGUUGCGUUCUUCUACGGCGUAAAUGCGAUAAUAUCUUCGAUUGCCUCGAUGGCAGCGACGAGCGGGGCUGUGGGGUAUGUACACCUGCCGAAUGGAAGUGUGCCAGUGGCGAAUGCUUGCCUGAAAACCAGAGGUGCGAUGGGAUAAAGCAGUGCAACGACGGAUCCGAUGAGGAUCGAUGUGUUACCGAAUGCCCGCCUGGGUGGUUUCGAUGCAACGACGGAUUGUGCCUCGACAAUAAGAGACGUUGCGAUGGUCGGCCGCAUUGCUUGGACGGCUCCGACGAGAUUGAUUGUCCUCGUAACGAAUGCCCCGACGGUGAACUGCCCUGCGCCAACGGUGUCUGUAUCAAUAAGAACUUCUUCUGCGACCACAAUAUCGACUGCCAUGACGCCAGUGACGAGCAGGAUUGCCCGGAUAGCGGCGAGACCGGCGGUGCAGGCCAAGAAUGCGAACACGACAGUUUCACCUGCCGAGAUGGUAGCUGCAUACCUCGAGCGGCGGUGUGCGACGGCCGUGCGGACUGUCCGCACAACGAAGACGAGAUCUUCUGCCUUCGAGGAUGCACGCGGGAUCAGUUCCAGUGUGCUAAUAGAGAUUGCAUUCGCGCAGAUCAGAGAUGCAAUGGAUACAUCGAGUGUGCCGACGGUUCUGACGAGCCAGAAGAAUGCGGACCAUCAGAGCCAGGUCAAUGUACGGCUAGCCAAUUUAUGUGCGUUUCGGACAGAAGAUGCGUCCCGCAAUCCUCCAUCUGUAAUGGAAUUCCAGAAUGCAGAGAUGGAUCCGACGAGCAUAAUUGCGCUCAAGAGGCGUCAUGCUCGCGCGAGGAGUGGAGGUGCAAGAACAAUGAUUGUAUACCUCGACACCGACGUUGCGAUCGCCGGAUCGAUUGUCCGUACGACGAUAGCGACGAGUUGGGCUGUGACUAUAGGGCGUUGCAUAGAAAUCACAGUAGAUGCCGGUCGCACGAGUGGAUGUGCAAUGACGGUCACUGCAUCCCGCUGCAUCAGCGAUGCGACAAAAGACUCGAUUGUCCUAGAGACAUGUCCGAUGAAAUGGAUUGCAGUUAUGAGAAUCAUACCGAUGGAACAUCUGAUCUCAGACUAAAGACGUAUCCCAGUGAACAAGUGAUUAAAGAGAAUCCGGCGAAGCAAGGUCGCGAGGUCGUAUUCCAAUGCCGUGACGAGGGUCUGCUGCGUGCCAGAGUACGUUGGAUCCGCGGUAACGGUCUUCCUCUGCCUCCCGGCAGCCGGGACAUCGGCGGUCGCCUGGAAAUACCCAAUAUUCAAAUCGAACACGCUGGAACGUACAUUUGCGAAGCGGUGGGUUAUCCAUCGUCCACUUCGGGCCGUCAAGUCAGCGUCGACCUUACCGUCGAGAAAUUCGAGCAACCGGCCACCAGAUCUCCGGAAGUGUGCCAAUAUGAUCAGGCUACUUGCAGCAACGGCGACUGCAUUCCCAAGACGCACGUUUGCGACGGUAAAUUCGACUGCACCGAUGGAUCCGACGAGAUGCGGUGCAGUCCGCACGGAUGCGAGCCGAAUGAGUUCCGUUGCAAUAAUAAGCAGUGCGUCAGCAAGUUAUGGCGUUGCGACGGCGACAAGGACUGCGCCGACGGCAGCGACGAAGAAAACUGCGGACCGUCUCCCGCGGGAUCGUCUUGCCGUUACAGCGAGUACGCCUGCAGCAGUAACAAGCAAUGUAUCCCGAAGAGCUACCACUGCGACAUGGAGCGCGACUGUUUGGACGGCAGCGACGAAAUCGGAUGCUCUCCCGUUUACAUCGUGAAACCGCCACCGCCGAUGAUCGUCCUGCAGCCGGGCGAACUGCUGGUUCUCACUUGCACAGCGAUCGGCGUACCGAUACCGGAAAUCAAUUGGCGGCUCAAUUGGGGACACAUACCAGCGAAGUGUUCGAUGUCAUCCUCUAAUGGAACGGGCACAUUGACGUGUCCGGAUAUACAGCGCGAAGACCAGGGCGCGUACUCGUGCGAAGCGCUGAAUAUCGGCGGCUUCGUCUUCGCCGUGCCGGACGCUAUCGUCGUCGUAAAAGAGACGCGGGUCUGCCCGAAGGGCAAGUUCAAUUCCGAGGCGAAGACCGUGGACGAGUGCAUCUCGUGCUUCUGCUUCGGCGUUGCCACCGAGUGUCGCAGCGCCGAUCUCUUCACCUACCAGAUUCCGCCGCCGUUCGAUCGCCACAAAAUCGUAGCGGUCGAGACCGCGCCGACUAUCAGAAUUAGCAGCGACAUCACCAGCCAGGUGUCUCAAAUCCGGCCAAUCGGCCGCGACGGCGUUCAGCUGCUAGAAUCCGACAGCAACAACCUAAAUGUCUACAACGUGCCGUACUUUGCGCUGCCAGAGAACUAUCACAGCAGUCAAUUGAAAUCCUACGGCGGCUACCUGAGAUACACAAUCCGCUACAGCGGCAACGGCACGCCGAAUAAUGCACCCACCGUUAUCCUGAGCGGCAACAAUUACAUCCUGGUGCACAAGGGCGCGCAGCCGACGCCGGAUUACGACACUGAGGAAUCCGUCAGGUUCUUCUACGGCGACUGGUACAAGCAGCAAGGACGAAGCGAGGUCCUGGCCUCCAGGGAGGAGAUCAUGAUGACACUGGCGAACGUGGACAAUAUUCUCAUAAAAAUGCAGUACGACGACUCACCACAACAGGAUGUUCGUCUCACCAACAUCAUCAUGGACACCGCCGAUGUGCGAAACACUGGACUGGGAUCCGCCUCCUUUGUGGAGGAGUGUCAAUGUCCUACUGGAUACACUGGUCUUUCCUGCGAGCAUUGCGCACCUGGUUAUCUAAGACGCGAGAGUGGGCCGUGGCUUGGCCAGUGCUACAGAGACGAACCGCCAUGUCCUCCGGGAUACUACGGCGAUCCUUCGAGGAACAUCCCUUGCCAGAUUUGCCCUUGUCCGCAUACCAAUCCGUCGAACCAAUUUGCCCGCACGUGUCAUCUUGGAUCUGAUGGGCAGCCGACUUGCGACUGUCCUCCUGGCUAUGUCGGACGCAGGUGCGAACAAUGUGCCACCGGAUAUCAAGGGAAUCCUCUUAUUCCCGGAGAUAUGUGCGUUCCACUUGAGGAUUGCGAUUCUAGCGGCAGUCUCAGCCCUCACACUGAUCCACAUACCGGCAAAUGCCGUUGCAAGCAAUACGCAACGGGUUUGACUUGCAACCAAUGUAAGGCGAAUACCUUUAAUCUGGCCUCGACAAAUCAAUUUGGAUGCAUAUCUUGCUUCUGCAUGGGUAUCACCAAUAGAUGCAUCUCUUCUAACUGGUACAGGAACGAGAUUCGUGUAUCGUUCACCAAUUCAAUUCGAGGCUUCUCUCUGAUCGAAUCCAAGAUCAUCGACGCACCGGCCAUCGUCGAAGGAAUUCAUCUGAACACCAUCAGUCGAGAAAUAAUUUACAGUGACUUCCCGAAUCGCGGAAAUAACGAUGUUUAUUACUGGCAGUUGCCCAGCAUUUUCCUAGGCAACCAGAUAACAUCUUACGGUGGCAAUCUCAAGUAUACCGUCAGAUACGUUCCUUCGCCGGGCGGUCAAAGUUCAAGGAACAACGCCGCGGACGUCGAACUCGUCAGCGCUAACGACAUCAACUUGCUCUACUACUCUCGCGAGUCUCCCGAGCCGAACUCCCAGCAAUCGUUCACCGUGCCGUUGCUCGAGCAAUAUUGGCAGCGCAAUGACGGAACGCAAGCGGACAGAGAACAUCUUCUAAUGGCAUUGGCGGAUGUACAAGCCAUCAGAAUUAAAGCCACCUACACGACACAUACAGACGAAACUGCACUCUCCUUCGUAUCUUUGGAUACCGCCGAGAAAACCAAUACAGGGAAAGCGCGCGCAGUCGAAGUCGAAGAAUGUACUUGUCCCACCGGCUACAGAGGACUUUCGUGCGAGGAUUGCGAUGUUGGUUAUACUCGGGCCAUCGAAGGACUUUACUUAGGCAUCUGCGAGGCGUGCAACUGUAAUGGACACUCGAAUCAGUGCGAUCCUGAGACCGGUAUUUGCGAGAACUGCGCUCAUCACACUACCGGUGAUUUGUGCAAUGAGUGCGAAGCAGGAUACGAAGGAGAUGCUACUCGAGGCACUUCAAAUGAUUGUACGUACAGGAGCCCAAGACCCGAACCAUGUAGAUGCAACGAAGCUGGCUCGCGCAGCACGUCGUGCGUCGACGGCCGAUGCGAAUGCAAAAGGAACGUCGAGGGUUCAGAAUGCAAUCGGUGCCGCCCGUCGACAUAUGGAUUACGUGCCGAGAACAUUGAUGGAUGCAUCGAGUGUUACUGCAGCGGAGUAACUGAUCAAUGUCACGAGAGCACAUUGUAUGUACAGCAAAUACCGAUGUGGGUGUACGACUCACACCACGGUUUCACCCUCACAGACUCAACCAGACGCGACAUAAUUAACGACGGUUUCGAGCUAAACGUAGCAAUGAAUGAAAUCGGCUACCGCUAUCCGGACAGCAGAAGCCGCAGAUUGUUCUGGUCGCUGCCAAGCGUCUUCACCGGAAACAAAGUGAAGAGUUACGGCGGUAAUUUGACUCUGACGCAGCAUAUCACCGCGUAUCCUGGCGCUCAGAGUUACAAGGAUCAAGACAUUCUGCUGAUUGGCAACGGCGUUACAUUAUUCUGGACGAAUCCAGCAGAGAUCCAACCCGAUGUUCCGUUGACCUAUUCUGUACCACUGGUAGAAAACGAGUGGAGACGAUUGAGCACCGAAGGACCGCGCAGCGCUUCCAGGACAGAUCUCAUGAUCGUGCUUUCCAAUCUGGAGGCUAUUUUGGUCCGCGCAUCGCACAGCGAGCGAAUGACCGCUACAUACAUCAGCGACAUCAGCAUGGACACAGCCGUGGAGAAUCUGACCGGAAAUCGACGCGCGACUCAAGUCGAGGCCUGUCGUUGUCCGACGGGUUAUACUGGAACAUCCUGCGAGACUUGCGCGCGCGGUUAUUACAGGGACACUAGCGACCGAUCCGUCAGCUAUCUGGGCGCGUGCAAUCUCUGCCCGUGUAACAAGAACGAACAGAGCUGCGAGAUCAGCAGAUCCGGUCACGUCAAGUGCCACUGCCUGCCGGGCUACACGGGACAGUAUUGUCAAGACAGUGGCGGUGAACUGAUGGUAAGCCUAAUGCCCUUGAACGGCGAGGUCGAGCUGAACUCCGUGGUUCAAUUUACGUGCAACUAUGACUAUCCAGACACAUUUUACAUCUAUUUUAAAUUAUCGUCACUUAACGGGCUUCCCGUGACUGCUCGGACCGGCACGCCCGGCCCUAUAAUCAAGACGCAGAAAGGAGCUGUGCGUAGCUGGUCUGUCCACGUGGGACACACCGCUUGCAACGUGGAGUGUCAUAUCGUGACGUACCACGGCAGAGAACUAGUCAAGAUCGUGACGUCGAUUACACCAGUUCCGGAACCAACCGUACCGGUGGAACCUGUACCUCCCCCGAGGAUCAUAGUUUACAUUCAAGAACCGGAAUUCCAGAUCGUUCAGACCGGAAACACCGUUAGAUAUCACUGCAUGGGCAGAUCCCAAGAUAGAGACUCAGUAAACAUUAGAUGGGAGAAAGAAGGUGGUCAACUACCGCCUGGCAGAAGCAUCGACGAUGCGAAUGGAUUAUUGGUCAUCAGAGACGUAAAGGUGUCUGAUAGUGGCAUAUACGUCUGCCAAGUAAGCGAUGGAAUAAACAUCGAAAACAAGAAAGUUACCCUGACUGUUGGAGGAGCUACUUCGGAGGAACCUAGAGUCGACAUUAAACCAUCAUAUCAGCAAGUGAAGGAAGGCGAACCAGUCGAAUUCCGUUGCGAGGCCAGCGGCAAUCCGCCACCGCUAUUAGAGUGGAUUCGAGUACAUGGAAGCAUGAGCCCGGAGGCGACGUUCUACAGCGGCGUGUGGCGGCUUCCAGCCGCGUCAAAGAAUGAUGCGGCCGAGUACAAGUGCGUCGCUAGAAACAACGUUGGCUUAAAUGAGAAGACGACUAUCUUAUACGUUCAAGACAAUCCUAACAAGCCACCAGUAACCGGCAUAGCACCAAUCGUGACGCCGUCCGAGUGGACCGGCACGCUCGGAGAAGUCGUUAGAUUAGUCUGCACACCGUCUCAGCACGUAAAUGUUACCUGGACACGAUCCGGCGGUCUGCCAUUGCCUUAUUCCGCGACUCAACGCGACGGCGUGUUGACCAUCACCAAACCCACGCCGAAUGAUUCCGGCUUAUACGUGUGCACCGCGACAAGCGCCCGCGGAACAGAAAGUACCUCCGCGAGAAUAACAAUAAUACCCCGCAGAGAUCCACCAGUAAUCAGGGUCAGACCCGAACGGCAGGAAGUGUCCCAGGGCACAAUAGCCGAGGUGCAGUAUAAAUUGAAAAUCAUUAACGUUCAAGUUUCCGAUCGUGGAGUGUACAUCUGCCGAGUCAGCAGUCCCGCGGGUAGUUACGAAGCCAGUGCCAUCAUCGAAGUUGAACCUCGCGAAGCUCCGAUCUUGGAACUGUAUCCUCAAGAUGUGCAAGCAGUGACCCUCGGUGGCUCCGCCGACCUUCAGUGUCGCGCGAAAGCCGGCUUCCCGGUGCCUGAAUUACACUGGUCUCGCCAGGACGGUCGGCCGUUCACUCCCAACAUCGAACAGCUUCCUGGCGGACUUCUCAGACUGUCGAACAUCACGACGAACGACGGUGGCGCGUACAUCUGCUCCGCGUCGAACGAAGUCGGUUCGACAUCGGUCAUCGCGCACAUCGAGGUGCAAUCUAUGCCUAGAAUCACCAUCACGCCGGGACACGGUAUUUUACAUGUGAAACGCGGCAGCCGGGUUCGUCUGAUGUGCAGCGCGAACGGUCAUCCGCAGCCCAACGUAGCUUGGAGCAAACACGUGAACGGAAAAACUAUACACGAACACAGUAAAGUAGCAGUCACCCCGUUGAGCGCCGUGUAUGAAAUAUAUUCCGUUUCACCUGACGACGAAGGAUCUUACACCUGCCAGGCCACGAACGCCGUAGGAAUAGUCGAAGAGCGUAUUCAGAUACGCAUCGAGGACGAUGACGAUGUACCUUGCACCGGCGAGAGGGGCGACAUUCCGUGCGACGAUGGACAAUUUCCGACCGAUCCUAGAGAUCCGAAUCUACCAGGAGUAUUGAUUCCGGAAGACUACUUAAGAAUUCCGAAUGGCGGCAAGGUGGAAAUGCGCUGUCAGGUCAAUGGGCCCGACGGAGACCAUAUCUAUUUGGACUGGAAGAGAAGCGAUCAUCGUCCUUUACCAGAAGGUAGCACGGUGCACAAUGGAGUAUUGAGCGUUCCGGUCGUCGAUAGAAGCGCGGCCGGAGAAUACAUUUGUUUGGGCUUGGAUACCUCUGGCAAUGUGCUCUUCCGAACGAAAUCUCAUCUCGAAGUUAUUUCUCCACCACGAAUCGAAUUAAAUCCCACACGUCAGACAGUUGGCCCGGGAGAAAAUCCAUCCAUAGUUUGUACUGCCACAGGAGAUGAACCCCUGCAUAUCAAAUGGGAAGCUAUAGGACGCCCGCUACCAUAUUCGGUAUCGGACAGCGGCGGAGUCUUGCAAUUCCACGGUAUUACAUAUUCGGACGCUGGCAAAUACGUGUGCAAGGCAACGAACGGAGCAGGAACAGCGGAAGCAGUGGCGGAAGUUUUAGUUAACGAACACGACGAUACAAGAAUUCGAGCCGAACAAAGAGAUGUGGUGACGCAUGCCGGCAAUUCUGUAACAUUACGUUGCAUAGCACGCGAACGAGCGAUUGUCCAUUGGAGCCGAGACGGACAAGCCUUGCCGGCCAACGCGCGAAUAGUAGGAGAUUAUUUAGAACUGACGCAUGUGAGACCGGAAGACAGCGGAAGAUACAUCUGUCAGACCCAAACCAGCCGCGGGGUAUCCAGCGAUUAUAUUAAUCUCAACGUUUCUCUAGUUAAUUUGCUUGCGGAUUGCAUGCCAGUGUACCAAUCGCAGUGCAGGCAUUGGGAGUAUGAAUGCAGAAGUCUACAAUGCAUUCCGAUGGAAUACUUUUGCGACGGCUAUGUUCAGUGCAACGACGGUACUGACGAACGCUUCUGCCGCAUCGCGCACUUUCGCCAAUAUCAACAGAGACGACGCGCAACUGCCUUGCCUUCAGUAACCGUCGAAGUGUCUCAAGAUCCCAUAAACAUCGGCGAUACGGUUGAUAUACAUUGCACAUACACUGGAACGCGUAAUCCACGUUAUCACUGGUCAAGACCGAACCAUGUGAGCUUGCCACCAAACGCACAAGAAUACGGCAAUGUCCUGAGACUGGCUAAAGUAUCUGUCGGCGAUAGCGGACCUUACAGAUGUACAGUAGACGCACCCGAGGGUACACUCGAAAAGGACUUCAAUCUAAUCGUUCAUGGCGGAAUCCUCGAUGAACCAGCAAUUGAAACCAAAUUCGCGCCGUAUGGCUCGAGCCUGGAAAUGGAUUGUCGUAUCGAUCUCGAUCCACCGAUACAAUUCCAAUGGAGCAAACUUGAUGGGCUUCUGCCACGUGAUUCCCAGAUUGUGGAGAACAAACUAAAGUUGACUAACGUAAAGGCUGAGGAUGCUGGAACAUAUAUUUGCGUUGGAAAUAAUGACGAAUUGCGUGUCGAAGUACCUACAGUGCUAGUCGUAACAGGAGUUGUGCCUAAUUUUAGUCAGGCACCCGAAAGCUACAUCGCCUUCCCACCUUUACCCGAUUCCUAUCUCAAGUUCAAUAUCGAAAUCUCUUUCAAAUCAGAAAGCUACGACGGAAUCUUAUUAUACAACGAUGAAUCUGGUCACGGCAACGGCGACUUUAUUGUUCUAUCUCUAGUUAAUGGAUAUCCACAAUUCAAAUUCAAUCUCGGUUCUGGACCAGCUGUGAUUCACGCAGAUAAACCUAUUACUCUAAGCGAAUGGCACACCAUCAAGAUUCAGCGCAAUCGAAAGGAGGGAGCGAUGCUAGUAGACGGCGAGGGACCUUACAAAGUAGUCGCGGUGGGCAGACGACAAGGUUUGGAUCUUAAAGAGCCACUUUACAUCGGUGGAGUUCCUAGCUACAACAAUAUCAACAAGGAAGUCGAGGCGAACACAGGCUUCGUCGGUUGCAUCAGCCGACUAGUUCUCGGAGAGAAACAAGUCGAUCUAAUUGGCGAUCAGACCGAUAGCGUGGGAAUCACGAAUUGCGAGACUUGUGCCGAAAAUCCCUGCAAUAAUGGCGGUGUAUGCCAGGAAGCAGCUAUGAAGAACGGUUAUAUGUGUCUGUGCCGCGCCGGUUUCAGUGGUAAAUACUGCGAUUACGUCGGACAAUCCUGUUAUCCAGGUGUAUGUGGAGAAGGCAAAUGUGUCAACAAGGAAAUUGGCUUCGAUUGUUACUGCCCAGCCGGAAAGACAGGAUCACGAUGCGAGCAUUCGAUAACCGUCUACGAUCCAGCUUUCCUUGAUGACAGAGCUUUUAUCGCGCACGAUACUCCGAAAGCUCUCAGACGGCUUAAGGUAGCCAUGAGUUUUAAUCCUACGGACUCCGGGGAUGGAAUCUUGAUGUAUUGUUCUCAAAGUGACGAAGGCCUCGGAGAUUUUGCAGCACUGAUAAUAAAGGACAAACACGUUGAAUUCCGUUUCGAUAUCGGUUCCGGAAUGGCAGUAAUAAGAUCUCCGCAUCCAAUUCAACCCGGAGUAUGGACGAAUGUAAAAGUGAGCCGUGAUUUCAAGGAUGCGAAAUUAUCGAUAAACGGCGAAUCGAUUGCGGAAGGCAAAUCACCCGGAGCUUCGCGAACUAUGACCCUAAAUACGCCUCUUUAUAUCGGAGGAAUAGAUCACAGAAGAAUCACGAUUAAUAGAGAAGUCGACGUCGACCGAGGCUUUCGCGGAUGCAUAAGCGAACUCGAAGUCUCGUCCGCCAGUGUGGAUAUAUUAAAAUCAUCAAUUGAUGCAGCCAAUAUCGAAGACUGUUCAAUGCCGCAUCCAAAUCAAACAAUGAUUCAUACUACUAUUACCGUUCCGACAUCUACGCAAUCGCCAACAACACUAUACGAUUCCUGCGCAUCAAAUCCUUGUAUCCACGGCAUGUGUCAGAGUCUAAACGCAUAUGAUUAUUCGUGUACAUGCGAAUACGGAUAUGUGGGCAGAAAUUGCGAAAAUGUACUGAAGCAGUGCGAAUUGCUCACACCGUGUAGAAACGGCGGCUCCUGCACCGAUCUCCACGGAUCUUACAAAUGUGAUUGUCCUCUCGGUUUUAACGGGCAGAAUUGCGAAAAACUGGCGGAAAUCACAUACGAUGUCGCCUUCAGAGGAGAUGGUUGGUUGGAAUUAGACCGGUCUGUUAUGACGCACGAAGAAGAACGUGAAUUUUUGGGCCUCGAAAUCAGCACUAAUAAGAGCAACGGAUUAAUUAUGUGGCAUGGUCAAACACCGAAUGAUUUAACUCUCGAUGAUUACAUAGCUGUUGCUGUAGUGGAUGGAUACGUAGAGUAUCAGUAUAAUUUAGGUUCCGGUCCCGCUGUGAUUCGCGUCACCGCGCAACGAGUCGAUGACGGGCAACGACAUAGAAUAAUUUUGAAACGCCAAGGAAGCGACGGUAGCAUCGAAUUGAACGGUGAGCACACCGAAAGCGGUGUGAGCGAUGGACUUCAACAGAUCUUGAACGCGAGAGGUAGCGUUUAUUUAGGCGGACUACCGGAUUACGCGAUGACUUACGGGAGAUACCACGACGGAUUCUCCGGUUGCAUUUACACUCUGGAGGUGCAGGACUCAGGAGCUAUCGAUAUCGGCGAGAAGGCUCUCAAAGGAGUAAACGUCUCACCAUGCACCAGAGUAAGAUGGAUUCCAUCUUCACUAGUAUUCACGGAUGCAGACCCGGGCGGGUUCGAUGCGUUUGUACCACCGCCGCCGGUGAAUAUUAUUCAUCCGAAACCCGCGUCCAAUCUGGCCGCGUACGAUAUAACGAGUUACUCAUUGUUGAUUAUACUUCAAAAUCUGAUCGCUUUGACUGGGGACAUUAAGGAGCAAAGUGUACUUUUUACGCUGUUAUGCAUAGAUGCGAUUAACAUACUUAAAAGCUUGUUCAGCUAAAUAAUGGCAUUUUAUGUAAUAUUGAGAGCUUACUUGUCGGAAAUACACAUUCCUCUUUAGACUAAGCCACCAUUCUCAAACCCGAACGCAUAAAUGUACAGAUCUCUAAAGGAUAUGUAUUUCCACGAGUCUGCAUACAACAUGUACAGCUAAUAAAUUUGUAAAUUAUUUAAUGCUUAACGACAUCGGAAGUAACGCGGCGAAACUACGUGAUCGAACUGAUAGAC